AUGUAUUCCACAAUCUUUUCACGCGCAGGAGUAGCCCUCUUACUGGGCAGCAGCAGUUUGGUAUCUGCUCUUACCGUAGAUCUCGAUUCACCACAAUCAAUAAAAGACACAGCUGCAACGAUCGCAUACGACAUGAUGUCCUACUAUAAGGGAAACCAGAGUGGAGGGAUCAUUGGCGUGUUACCUGGGCCUCCACCGGACCCCCCAACCGGGUAUUACUGGUGGGAAUCUGGUGCGAUGUGGGGGACUAUUAUCGAAUACUGGCACUACACAAACGACUCCUCGUAUAAUGCUGUUGCGGCCGCAGGCAUAGAAGCACAGGUGGGAGAGAACCUGGAUAUGAUGCCGAAAAAUUGGUCACAGUCCAUGGGUAAUGACGAUCAGGCUUUCUGGGGAAUGACAGCUAUGCUGGCUGCCGAAUACAAAUUUCAGGAUCCGCCCCCAACGUCUCCUGGAUGGCUAGCUCUUGCUCAAGCGGUUUUCAAUACGCAGGCUAUUCGACCAGAUCCGCCUUGUGGUGGAGGCUUGCGCUGGCAGGUAUAUCCAUACCUUACUGGAUACGAUUACAAGAACUCCAUUGCCAACGGCUGUUUCUUCAAUAUCGGGGCUCGGCUGGCCAAAUAUACGUCCAAUGAUACGUAUGCCGUACAUGCGACUAAAGCCUGGGAUUGGAUUACAUCUGUUGGAUUGAUGGAUCACGACUAUAACGUCUAUGAUGGUGCUCAUAUAGGGACCAACUGCACUGAUAUCAACAGGGUUCAAUUCUCAUACAACUCGGCCGUUUGGCUGUUGGGAGCUGCAAAUAUGUACAAUUAUACGAAUGGAAGCGCCAUCUGGGAAGAACGCGUAAAUGGCCUGCUCAACCGAACCCUCAACCUGUUUUUCCCUGACAACAUCGCCUACGAAAUCUCUUGCGAGCCCAAAUUAUCGUGCACGACCGACAUGUUUAGCUUCAAAGCCUAUCUCACCCGGUGGCUCGCCUCCACUAUUAUGGUCGCACCAUACACCCGCGAACUCAUCAUGCCCAAACUCCGCGCCUCUGCCAUCGCUGCAGCCAAACAAUGCUCAGGCGACGCCAAUGGACGCACCUGCGGCUUAAGUUGGUCCAAAGGUACAGUGUGGGAUGGCACGAAGGGCGUAGGCCAGCAGAUGGGUGCUAUGUCUGCCAUAUUCGUUAACCUGCUGGAUCAUGUUUAUGUUCCCCCGCCAGUCACGAAUAGCACUGGUGGAACGAGUGUAGGCAAUAAUAAUGCGGGAAGUCAGAGUGUGGCUGAUCCAGAGGCGUUGAAACCUGCUACUCAAGGCGACAAAGUCGGUGCGGGAAUUCUUACAACCAUUGUGUUGGUUGGUGCUACGGGGAUGUUUGGGUGGAUGAGCAUUUAA